AUGUCCACAACCACCUCAACCACUGGCAAAUCAACUCAACCAACCUCCAGUUCAUCCACAGAUUCUUCCAUCCAACCAGUUUCUUCCUCAAGAAGAGGACAACCACCACACAAGAGAGGUCCUCCAAGUGGCUCCGCUCGAAGACAUCACAACUGGUUCGAUACCUUCUUUGAUGAUCCUUUCAUUAAUCGAUUCUUUCCCACCUCUCGUUUUGUGAGAGGAACAGAGAGUGGUGGUGUUGCUGAGGUUGGUGGUGAAAAAACACCAGACUUUAUUCCUCCAACGGACGUUAGUGAAACAGAUCGAAUCAUUCGUAUUGCCUGUGAUGUUCCAGGUCUUUCAAAGCAGGACGUCAAAAUUGAUCUCGACGAAGAGAAUAGAAUUUUGACUUUGAGUGGAGAAAUCCAUCGAGAUAAACAAGAAGAGAAUGAAACUUAUCAUUCUUUAGAGAGAGUGUAUGGAUCUUUUAGAAGAAGUGUCUACUUACCUCAAGAUGCUGAUUUGACUGGAAUUAAGGCACGUGUUGAAAAUGGAGUAUUGAGAGUGACUGUUCCAAAAAUUGAGCAAACGACCAAGAAGGUCAAAACUAUUUCCGUUGAAUAA